AACACAUUACCUUUUUCUGCUGAUUAGAUUUAAAGGCAAUUCAAUGACAUAUUUUUCAACUCUUUACUGUAUAGAAGAUAAUGUGAGUCCUAAUGUGACAUGCCCUGCUGACAUCGAUGUGAGUACAGGAAGACAAACUACCUGGAAUGACCCAGUAGUCACUGACAAUAUUGAUACCAACCUAUUAGUUAAUUGUGACCCACCUUCUGGCUCUUCAUUUGAUGUUGGUGAAAAUAAUGUCACAUGUUCAGCAACUGAUAGUGCUAAGAAUGAAGGAAGUUGUAUGUUUGUUGUUGAAGUGAAUAAAGGAAAUACUGACACGAUUAGUGAUGGUGGUGAAGAAAGUAGUAAUAUUACGCUUAUUGUGGUGAUUGUUCUGGUUGUUACCCUUAUUCUGAUAAUUAUAGCAAUAGUGCUGGUAUGGAAAAUACGAGUCAAGAGAAGAGACAUAAAAAGUCCAGAGGCUAUCACAUAUUCAGCAAAUAAAGGAAUUUCUGGGAAGGGAUUGGAGCAGCAAAUUCACGAGCCACUUACCCCAGAAAUAACCCACACUCAAGAUAAUAACACAGAACUUCCAUAUAUAAAUCAGGACAUCAGAAAAGCUGCAAUCCCCAUACAUGACCUCCCUGAAUAUGUUAGGGUGAAAAAAGCAUCUGGAGAACUUGAUGAAGAAUGGGAGUUGUUACCUGAAGGUGUUGAAAGCAGUGAAAGAGCAUCAGUGGCCUUUGACUCACAAAAUGCAUCUAAGAAUCGUUACCGCAAUGUUGUUCCAUAUGAUGAACAUCGGGUUGUGUUAGAAAAGAUCCAUGAUGAUCCGUAUUCUGAUUACAUCAACGCCUGUUUCAUAAAGGGCUUUACAAAUGAGAAAGCUUAUAUCGCAGCUCAAGGACCUAAUAAAACGACGAUUGCUGAUUUCUGGAGAAUGAUUUGGCAAGAAAAUGUUUAUUCUAUUGUCAUGGUAACAAACCUUGUGGAGGAUGGAAAAAAUAAGUGCACAAAGUAUUGGCCAGAUGAUGCCAAAAGGUAUGGUGAUAUAUUGGUCUCUACUGUAGAAUUUGUUCCUACGACAUCAUUCACUAUAAGAAAACUCAAAAUGCUGAAGGGAAAAGAUGUACAGUUUGUAAAACAAUACCACUUCCUGGUUUGGCCAGACAAGAACAUUCCUCGUGCUUCAUCCCCUGUUAUUAGUAUGUUGAAAGUCAUACGAAAAGAAGAACCACAAAAUGCUGGACCAGUUUUAGUCCACUGCAGUGCUGGUGCUGGUAGAACAGGGGCAGUUAUUGCAAUUGAUGCCAUGAUGGAUAUGGCACAGCAAACACAAGAGGUCAACAUAUUUGAAUUUGUGAAAGAGAUGCGCAAAAGACGACCUAACAUGGUUCAAACACCGUUGCAGUACAAGUUUGUUUAUGACACAAUACUAGAGUUUGUCAUCUUUGGAGAAACUUCCAUUCCUGUCUCAGAAUUUAAGGAACAUUACAAGAAGCUUCGGCAUGUCAACCCAAAGUCUAAUAAAACAUAUCUGUCUGAAGAAUUUGAAGCACUGCAAAGGAUAUCAUCAACACUGGAGGCCGACAGCACUAAAGGAGGGCUGCGAUCUGAAAACAGAAAAAAGAACCGAUAUCCUGACAUCUUGCCAUAUGACCGUAAUCGGCCAUUCAUUAUGACCCCUGGUGAGAAUGGGCCAUCCGAUUAUAUCAAUGCUUCGUUUUUUGACAGUUUUGAUAAGAAGGAUAUGUUUCUUGGGACUCAGGCUCCCAUGAGGAAUACUGUUGAAGACUUCUGGAGAAUGAUUGCUGACUACAACUCAAAAGCUAUUGUUACACUUAAUGAUUUCUACAAUCGGGAUAAGACUGUUGCACAAUUCUGGCCAGAAAAUAGUUCACAGUUUACUUUCAGGCAUUUGACUGUUAAUAUGGUGACGAGUGAGAAUUUAUCCAAACAGAUCAUAGUUCACACAGUUGAUAUAAUGAAGACUGAGGAGAACUCAGGAUCCUUAAAUGUUAAGAUCUUUGAGUACCUUGGUUGGCCCGCAGAGAAGUAUACUCCAACCUCUUCAAAGGAAUUUCUGCAGCUUGUUACUGUAGUAAAUAAGCAGCAAUCAGAAUUUGGAGACCCACCUGUUGUUGUUAUGUGCAUGGAUGGUGUGGGUCGUACUGGAGUUUUCUGUGCUACCUUGUCUAGUCUUCGUAAAGUAAAUGAAGAGCAGAUAGUAGACAUAGUGCAAGGGGUCAAGCUGUUGAGGAACAACAGACCAGGAAUGGUGGAGACAUUGUCACAGUAUGAGUUUAUCUACAAGACUGUGCUGGAGCAUCUACUGGCCUUUGAGGUUUAUGACAAUUUGCCACAAGAAAAUGGAGAAGAAGCUGUAUAUGCGAAUGUCUAACUGAUGCCAUCUUUUAGGCACCUGACCUUAUCUGGUGACUGAUGACAUCUUCUUGCUUCUGACAUAUAUUUUAUUUUAAAGUCUGGAUAACAUCUGGAGACUUCUGCAAAUGUAUUGAUAUUCCAGACAUUAAGGGGAGACUAAAAUCAUAUCAUCUGAUACUGUCUGCAGACUUCAGACAUUUUCUGGAGACUACUGAUAUUCUUCCUUAAAUAGGAAUUUCCAGCAUUCCUGAUUUAAACACUAUCCAAUAUUUACUGGAUGAAUGAAAACAUCCACAAAUUAAUUUCCAGAGUUGUUCUUAUGGAGUGUCUGAGUGGCAUUUGUUUUGUAUUUAUUGCAAAUUUUUGUACUAGUGUAUAACUUUUUUAUAUAUAUAUAAGUGUUUUAUAAUUGUUUGUAGCUUUCAGAUAUUUAGCAAUAAACCUUGAGAAAUUAAUCAACUAUACAUGAAGCUCAUAACCUGUUUAUACUUCUAACAUGCAUCCACUGAUUGUCAGAUACACUUCCAGUGACUGGAAGUGUUUCUGCCACUGAUUGACAUAUACACUUCCAGUGAAUUCCAGAUACACUUCCAGUGACUGGAAGUGUUUCUUCCACUGAUUGCCAGAUGCACUUCCAGUGAAUGGAAGUGUUUUUGCCACCGAUUGCCAUAUACAUUUCAGUCACAGGAUUUGUAUCUAUUUUUUUUCUUCUUCAUCAUUUUCCGGUCUUUUCUGCGAAUUCUAUGUUCAAGUUGAUAUUUUGUAUGAUGUUCAAAAUGAGCAUGUUAAUUAUUUUUGAUAUUUUUAAAUAUUUUUUGUGGGACAAUACAUUUUAAACGAUUUACAGUAAUGUCGGUUUUGUGUUUAAAGAACAUUAGAAAGAAUAAACAAAUAUACUGUAAGGUGAAGGCCAGAGUAGAAUACCACGUUUUCAUAACAUACAGAAAGUUAGGUUGUAAGUGACCUGUUUGAGAAUUUUUUAUAUUUUUUUAUAUAUAUAUAUAUAAUUUUCUACUGUCAUAUUUUCACGAUUUUGCCAGUGCGUAGAUCGGCUGAAUAUAAAUGUACUUGAGAAAAAUCCGUCAGUUGAGAACAUACAAAAUUGAUGUUAAUUUUCAUCUACAUUAUUUAUGUUCUAAAAGAUUAUGUAAUGUGUAAACAGAACUUCAGUGCAUUAUGAAUGUAGAUGAUUCUUAUCAUAUUAUUGCACAUUUUUAAAGAUCACAAACACAUUUAUCAGUGUGAGUUACUUGUAUUUUAGUAUAAAUAGGCUUUCCUACUUAAUCAAAUUAUCUGAAUUGAAAAUAUGUACUUAAGUGCCAUGUUAAAAUUUAGUUUAGAGAUUACAAAUCUUUUGAGAGUAAAGAUACUUCGUGUCAAUGAAGUACCAAUAAAAUGGGUUUGCAGAAUUCUACUUAAUCAUUGCUUGAAAUUGCUAAAUGCUGUUGGUAUUAAUCAAGAACAUUAAGUCUUUGGUAAUUAUGAUAAAAGACCAAACAUCACCAUGCAGAAGCCACCAUUAAUCAUUCAAGGCCACCUUUUUUACGAACCAAAUAACGAUCUUCUAUCUUUUAUCACAAAUCUAACUCUAACUAAAUGGACACUAAGCCAGGAACUACCCCAAAUUUUGAGAUUAAAAAGGUGGUCUCGAUUUGGAGGACGAUCAGUAUUUUAUAGUCAUUUUUAUAUAAUCUUUGAAAGACAGAUUUAACUGGUGCUCAUGAGAUGAAACUGACUCUAACUGACUCAAUAUUGAUUAUCUUCUACAUUCUAUUGACUCCUAAAUCCAAUAUAAUAUUUUAUUUUGAUGAAAAAUUUUGAAUAAUAAAAACUGAAAUUUUACCAAACAUUAAUUCGUAAUUUAGUAUAUUGAACUAAAAAUUCAUAUAUAUUUUUCAACAAUUGUAAGACUCUUUUUAAUCGUUGUUUGUAGAAAGUGAAUCAGUUUUGGAAAAGGGGCAAUCUGUAGAAUUUAUAGAAUACAAAUUGAGUAUAGGACUGUCUUCACAAACAAAUUACUUUCG